GGAGGUUAGUACGUUACAUGUAUAAAAUGUUUCCUUAGUGUCAUGCGCUUUAUCGUAAGCGAUUUCGCCGCGGUCGAGGGCCACGUGAUUUUGACAGAACUCUGAAACACCGGUUGAUAUGACGGUGUGUUGUGAGUGUAUCGAUAACAAUUAGCCAAUGUUUUGAAUGAUGUUCAAGUGAUUUGAGGAUAUUUCAAGUGUACACGAUUGUUUCAAUGAUGGAGAGCGCUCGAUUUUCGCCGAUCUCGAGACAUCGUAUCAUAAGAUGGUUGUGGCUGACUCUGCUUAUUCACGUGACGAUUUGCUCAGCAAAUGAUGGCAUUUUUGGAUCUAAAUUCCCGAACGAUAUCCCCGAGUACGACUUGCUGCACGCUAUCGGAGUUCCAUUUAGCAAUCCGAAGACCCAGUACUUCGAUGAGGGCCUCGAUGGUUUUCCGGCUUACGGGCUAAAGCCGGGAUCCGAUAUUAAAUCUCCGUAUCGCCUCUUUAUGCCGGAGAAACUUUACGCUGAAUUCUCAAUAACUGCAACUGUACGACCGGCGAAUAAAGAUGGCGGGUUCCUCUUUUCAGUAGUCAACCCUUUGGAAACAGUGGUUCAAUUAGGUGUCCAGCUGAUCCCCAGCGGGCCCGGUUUGACCAAUAUAUCUCUCUUGUACACAGAUGCGAAUAUUUACGCUCUAUCGCAGACAAUUGCGUCAUUCGUUGUUCCAUCAUUUUCUAAGAAAUGGACGCGGUUUGCGUUAAGGGUUACUAAUGAUAAUAUCACACUGUUUCUGAAUUGCGUAGAAUUUGACAGUGUGUCUGUAAAGAGGAACCCGCCUGAAUUGGUAUUCGAUUCGGCAUCGACGCUGUAUGUCGGGCAAGCUGGGCCGAUCAUAAGAGGCGCAUUUCAUGGUGCUUUUCAAGAACUCAAGCUAUUUGGUUCGCCUUCGCAAGCUGAAAUACAGUGCGUGAAUACAUUUGAGGAAAUAGGUAAAGGCAGCGGAGGAGACGAGAUUUAUAUAGACAAUUAUUUGGUGGACCAGGAAGAGGGGGACGUGGAGGGGUCCGGGCGGUAUGGGACCAUCCCGCCGUUCCCGCCGCCGCCCCCCGGUCUAAAUGGCUAUCCACCAAUAUUACGAGGCGAAAAGGGAGAAAGAGGACCAAGGGGCCCUCCAGGAGAAUCUAUACGUGGCCCUCCGGGACCUCCAGGCCCUCCAGGGCCUCCAGGAACUCCAGGCGCAACAACAAUUGCUGAAUCAUCAGGAUCUGGAGACGAUCAAAUUUUCGGCGAGAACUACGUAUCACUUGGGCAAUGUGGUUGCAAUUCAAGUACCAUACUGGCUCUAUUAGAAACAGCUCCCGAACUGCAGGGGCCACCAGGGCCCCCGGGCUUAAUUGGUGCGGAUGGACGAACGGGCCCUCCAGGAAUACCUGGACAAAUGGGCCCUGCGGGCGAACGUGGCGCUAUGGGACCAAGAGGUGAAAAGGGUGAUCGAGGUGAUGAUGGUGUUCGGGGGCCUGAAGGCCAGCCCGGUCAGAAGGGAGAGCCUGGCGUUGAUGGAAGGCCUGGCAGCCCAGGGCCACCGGGCCCUCCUGGGAACCCUGGUUCCUCUGAUUACAAUAACUUUGAAUCCAAUUGGAAGCCUAGACAGAUUUACAAGGAAUCAUUAUUGGGUUCCUACGGAGGGGCUAUAGGCAGGCCGGGAGCGCCAGGGCCAAAAGGAGAUGCGGGACAACCUGGCCCUAUAGGACUUCAGGGUGAACGAGGAUUUCCAGGCCCUAAAGGGGAAAGAGGACUUGUGGGACAGACUGGACCGAAAGGUGACCGUGGCUAUUCUGGUCCAAAAGGAGAUAGAGGAGUUAAAGGUGAUCGUGGUGACCCUGGACAUGACGGACGUCCCGGUCUACCUGGUGCUAAUGGUCGACUUGGUGAUAAGGGUGAAAAAGGAGAACGAGGUACUCCCGGCCCGCCAGGACCACCAGCUUUGCCGUUGGGUUUCACAACAGAAGAUUCAGAAUUCUUAACAGCUGCAGCGGGACGACUGUCAUCUGCAUCCAAAGGCGAAAAGGGAGAAAAGGGUGAAAAAGGAAGCGGUGGUGAUGAUGGAAUACCAGGCAUGCCUGGUAAAGAUGGAACCCCUGGAGAGCGCGGUGACAUUGGACCUUCUGGAAUGCCGGGCCAAUCGGGCCCCGCAGGGCCUCCUGGCUUGAAGGGCGAGAGAGGAGAACGGGGACCUCCUGGCCCUGUGACUAUCGCUUCAGCUGGUUCUGAUAUCAUUACUGUUAAGGGUGACAAAGGCGAUUUAGGACCGCGAGGCAGAAGAGGACGGCCUGGGCCCCCGGGGCCUCGCGGCCUACAAGGUCUGCAAGGUCUCCCUGGACCACCGGGAAAACCUGGUGAAAAGGGUGAUAUAGGCCUCCCCGGCUGGAUGGGUCGGCCAGGUACUCUAGGGCCUCCAGGCAACCCGGGCCCCAUAGGUCCUAAAGGCGAAAAGGGUGACCCUGGUGUCAGUCUUUCAGAUAUUUCCAUGUUAAAAGGUGAAAAGGGUGACCGUGGUAAUGACGGUUUACCCGGGCCGAAAGGAGCAGAGGGACCCCCGGGGCCCCCGGGCAUGGCCCCCAAAUCCGACGUAGUGCAGUACAUCCCGGGGCCUCCCGGCCCUCCUGGCCAACCGGGGCUGCCAGGGCCGCCGGGUAUAUCUAUAGUUGGACCUAAGGGUGAACCAGGGUUGAGCUACUUCGAAGAAAACCCCGUUCACGGCAGUACGAAAUACUUUGGAAGACCUGUACAAAAAAGUCCGUUUGACGAAAUAAAAGCUCUAAGAGAAUUAAAAGACCUUAAGGAAAAAGGCAGAGACAAAAACGGACCUCCUUUGGAUACAAGGAGCCACGCUGAUGAAUCAAGUAAAACUGUCCCCGGAGCUGCUGUCUUCCGCACUACUGAAGAAAUGAUGCGGCUUGCUGCAUCAAGCCCUGUAGGAGCAUUAGCCUAUGUUAUGGAAGAACAAGCUCUAUUCGUCAAAGUGAACUCUGGCUGGCAAUACGUUUUGCUAGGAUCAUUAGUGACGCAAGCAGCACCUCUCACGACGACGUCAGCGCCAGUCCCGGCCCCGAUGCCAGCGGCUAGCCUGGUACAUGUGCCGCAAAUAUCUAACUUCGUGGAGAAUUCACCGCCUGUAGCUAGUGGACCAACGCUCAAACUAGCAGCUCUGAACGAGCCUUUAUCGGGUGACAUGCACGGAGUACGACGAGCUGACUACGCAUGUUAUCGACAGGCAAGACGCGCUGGCCUGAAAGGAACCUUCAGAGCUUUCCUUACUAGCAGGAUACAAAAUUUAGAUUCCAUAGUACGAUAUGCGGAUCGUCAUUUGCCCGUCGUCAACACAUACGGAGAAAUUUUGUUCAAGGCAUUCUCUGAAAUAUUCGACGGGAACGGCGGCAUUAUAGCGGGAACGCCGAGAAUCUUCAGCUUCAGCGGGAAGAACAUCAUGAUGGACGCUAAUUGGCCACACAAACUAGUCUGGCACGGUUCGCACGCGAGCGGCGAGCGGGCGCUCGACACGUUCUGUGACGAGUGGCAAAGCGGUGAGCCAGCGACACGUGGCAUGGCCGCCUCGUUGUACUCUCACAAGCUGCUAUCGCAAGAGAGAUACGCUUGUAACAAUCGCUUCGCAGUGCUAUGUAUACAGGCCACCGCUCAUGGUAACGACAGGCGAAAAAGAGACACCUUGAGGUACAAUUCGACACUAGACGAUGAAGACUAUCUUUACAAUGCGGAUGAGUAUCAAGAACUACUCAACGAUAUAUUUGCUCAACCGUUUAGAGGGAACUAGACAAAUGUAUAAAUGAAAUUAAUGUAUUAUUUAUUAUUGGAGUCAUUAUGUAUCAGAAUUUAAUAAAAUUAUAUAAUUUAAUAUCAAAGUUGAACUGUAGAUGCUACUAUAGAUGUAAAAUAUUUGAUGAUUCACUGAAAAUAUUAAUGUUAUUGAUAAAUUAUUAAAAAUUAAUACUCACUGAUAGUAAUUAACAUUUAACUAUUUUAAAAGGAAUAUUUAAAAUGCCUUCAUAUUCAGUUGAAAUAUAAUUAUUUCCGACAUAUUGUCAUUUAUUUAUGCAACUAACUAAAAACAAUUUCAUUGUUUAAAACUUUAAACAUUAGUAAUAAUAUUAUAUAAUAUUAUUAUCUUUAGCUUUUAUUCUAUUUAAAUUUAUUAUUAACAAGAUAUUUAUGUCUAAUAAUUUGUAUGCAUCUUUGUAAAAUCAUUUCCAAACGGCUGGUUUUAUUUGAAUUCCUAUUAAUUAUUUAAAUUAUAAGAAUAUUAAAACACAUAAUAAAAAUCAAUGUAUCAUUCUAAUGUAUUCAUAAUUCACGGGUACCAUAAUAAUGAAGAUACCCGGUCCUUUGGAAUGCUUAUACAUGGGGACACAGGUCCAACACGCAGAGGCCCUUUGUGUGUGUGAAGUCCCAUGUC